AAGCAGCAGUAACCUCAUCAGCCUCAUCAAGAUCGUGAUCAGUAUCGUGACGUGAUGAUCGCUUGAAACGUCGCACACGCCGCGCGUACCCUGCUGCCGGGUCUGCGCCUCCCUAGGGAUGGGCGCGUCGCCGGUUCGGACGGACCACCGGCCCCCGGGGGGUUCAUCGAGGCAGCGGCCAAGUCCGGAGUCUCAUUCGCGCUCGGUAGCUUCGAGGUAACGGUUGCUGGUGCAUUGCCCCCUCUUAUUUCGGACAACAGUGUUGUGGACAACAGUGUUUGCGUGUACUUGUGCGUUUGUGUGUGUGUGUGGGCGUGUGACCAUACCGCAGAGGACGCAGAGGAGCAGACAGCGUGUGUGUGUGUGUGUGUGUCUAUUUGCCAGAAGUGACAGCCAGAAGUCCGAGUCCGUACGAACGAACGAACGAAACAGCUUUGCAAAAAAAAAAAAGGAUGCGAUCCCCGGUGCUGGUAUGCCUGAUGGCAUUGGCUGCCUUCUCGGUCUGCCUGAUGUCUGUGGUGCAGGCGAACCCGAUCGAGAGCUCGUCGGCGGUCCCGGUGCCAACCGGAGUGGAGUCAAUACCACCGGAAGAGGUGACCACGGACGGUAGUAGCAGCAAGAUGUCGAAAUUUUUGGACGACUUUACGUCCGCCUUCAAGCAGGGUACGGCCAAGAUGAAGGAAAGCCUGGAGAGUGCGGCCAGCUCGGUGAAGGACGGUGUGCUGCAGGGUUACGAUUACGUGCGCAGCAAGCUCCUCACCGGCGAUAGGCCGGAGUCACCACCGCCAGCACCGGUCGUCGAGCCGGACCAGGAGCAGGAGCAGGAGCAGGAAGACGCCGACGCAACGCCCAUCACCUCGACACAGGCCGCCGGUCUCACCUCACCAGCGCUCAAGCCACCCUCAACCCCUGCUGUUGUAGCAGCAGCACCAGCACGUCCAUCAAUCACCAGCAGCAGCAGCAAUGGCGAACCGGAACAGGUGUCCUUCGGGGGUGGUGGUGCUGGUGGUGCAGGGGUAGUAGGUGCGAUCGGUAUCGCGCACGAACCGGCCCAGAUCGUACCGAACGAUGACGGUGCGGAUGAGGAUCGGAUUUUCUUCAACGACAAGGACCUGGAGGGAGCGGCCGCCGAGGGUGGGACGGAGCGGGAGGGUACGGAGCAACCGGUCCCGAUCACCACCACCACGACGACGGCGACGCCCGCCGUCGACAAUCGGUUCAUCCUGGCCGGACCGCUGGCCUGCAAGACCGGCCAGGAGGCGGUCAAUGGCAAGUGCCGGAAUGUCUUCUGAAGGGGGGGACCGUUCCGCGUCACCACCAACCCCACCAUCCCCUCAUCAUCCCCUCUCGAAUCCCACCAAUGAGCACUACACUACAGAAGCGAGGAGCGAGCAGUGAGCAGUAUUGUGGAGGAUUGUGGAGUCCCGUUCCGAGUCAGUACCAGGCAUAUGCAGUCCAGCACCCCCACCCCCACACACCCCCAUCCCCCGUCUUACAAAGUACAGCGCCUCAUCAUCAAACAGCGCCUUUAGCCGUUAAGGAAGUGUGAUUUUUUAAUUUAGUUCUAUUACUGUUAAACCUGCUCCUCUCUCUCUUUGUCUGUCUGUCUGUCUGUCUGCCCCUCUCUUUCUUCACGUUGAUCCACCCAUUGAUUGAUAGUAGCGACCGAGCGGCACCAAGCCAAGUAUCAAGCACCACUCCUCAGCAAGCAAGCAAGCAACUGCGCGCGCACGCCGUGUGUAUUAGUGCCGCGUGCGUGGCAUUGGUCUGCUGCUGCUGCUGCUGUGUGUAUGUGUGCGCGCGCACGCAAGUGUGCGAGGCGAAAAUUCCGGAAAUAAAUUGAUUUGAU